GGCGGGGCACAGAGAUGCUCAAGCUGGGCUUCGCCAGGCCUGGGUCCUGGGGCAGCUUCUGGGCCGUCCUGACCUUGGUGGGCCUGGCCACUCGUGCAGCCCAGAGGGCCGACAUCACUGGGGAGGCAGCGGGCACCUCCAUCAACCACUCCCAGAUGCUGCUGCAGCGCCUGCAAGAGCUGCUGCGCCAAGGCAACGCCAGCGACGUGGUUCUGCGCGUGCAGGCGGCAGGCACCGAUGAAGUCCGAGUCUUCCACGCCCACCGCCUGCUGCUCGGCCUGCACAGUGAGCUGUUCCAGCAGCUGCUGAGCAACCAGAGCGAGGUGGUGCUGCAGGAGCCCAAGGAUGGCGCCGCCGUCUUUGACAAGUUCAUCAGGUAUCUCUACUGCGGGGAGCUGACGGUGCUGCUGGGCCAGGCCAUCCCCCUGCACAGGCUGGCCACCAAGUACGGGGUGGCCUCCCUGCAGCGCGGCGUGGCCGACUACAUGCGCGCGCACCUGGCGGGCGGCGCGGGCCCGGCCGUGGGCUGGUACCACUACGCGGUCAGCACCGGGGACGAGGCGCUCCGGGAGAGCUGCCUGCGCUUCCUGGCCUGGAACCUGUCGGCCGUGGCGGGGAGCGCCGAGUGGGGCGCCGAGCCCGAGCUGCUGGCUCAGCUCCUGCCGCGCUCGGACCUGGUGCUGCAGGACGAGCUGGAGCUGUUCCACGCGCUGGAGGCCUGGCUGGGCCGGGUGCGGCCGCCGCCCCCCGUGGCCGAGCGGGCGCUGCGCGCCAUCCGCUACCCCAUGAUCCCGCCGGCGCAGCUGUUCCAGCUGCAGGCGCGCUCGGCCGCCCUGGCGCGCCACGGGGACGCGGUGGCCGACCUGCUGCUCCAGGCCUACCAGUUCCACGCCGCCUCCCCGCUGCACUACGCCAAGUUCUUCGACGUGAACGGCAGCGCCUUCCUGCCCCGCAACUACCUCGCGUCGGCCUGGGGCGCCCCUUGGGUCAUCAACAACCCAGCGCGCGACGACCGCAGCACCAGCUUCCAGACGCAGCUGGGCCCCAGCGGCCACGACUCGGGGCGCCGGGUCACCUGGAACGUGCUCUUCUCCCCGCGCUGGCUGCCCGUCAGCCUGCGCCCCGUCUACGCCGACGCCGCCGGCACCGCCCUGCCCGCCGCGCGCCCCGAGGACGGCCGGCCGCGCCUGGUGGUCACCCCGGCCAGCAGCGGCGCCGACGCGGCGGGCGUGAGCUUCCAGAAGACCGUGCUGGUGGGCGCGCGCCAGCACGGCCGCCUGCUGGUCCGCCACGCCUACAGCUUCCACCAGAGCAGCGAGGAGGCCGGCGACUUCCUGGCGCACGCGGACCUGCAGCGGCGCAACUCCGAGUACCUGGUGGAGAACGCCCUGCACCUGCACCUCAUCGUCAAGCCCGUCUACCACACCCUCAUCCGGAGCCCCUAGUGGCCCAGCCGUGCC